AUGCCGCGCCAAUCCACAGCUGCCACCGGCACCGACGGCGUACCCCACACGACGCGACCCGCCCAGGAAAGCAGCGCCAAAGUAGCGAAGCCUGCGAGCGGCAAAGGCUCUGGCAAGCGUGGCCGCCCUCCGAUGGAUCCUACGCAGCGCAAGACGCAGGCAUACGUGCCAACCGGCCGGCCGCGCGGACGCCCCCCCAAAGACCCCUCUCAGAAGAAGAAGUCGGCCACGGCAGCAGAGCCGACGAGCAAGGCGGCAUCCGGAUCUGGCCGUGGUCGCGGGCGGCCACCAGGUUCCAAGUCGAAGAAGGCGGCGGCACUAGCAGACCCAAAACCGGCUGCCUCUGCGACCUUGGCCAAGACGCCCGGGAAGCGCGGCCGCAAGAGCAAGGCGACGCUCGCUGCAGAAGCAGCAGCUGCAGAAGCAGCACUGGAGGCGACAGAGGCAGCCGGCGUCACCGGUUCUAGUCCUCUGGAAGGGGAUUAUGCAGAAGAGGAAGAACAAGAAGACGAGGAAGACGAGUCCAGCGAUUGA